UUAACCCUACUGCUAACCUUAUGCCUAACCCUAUCCUUAAAUUUAGACCAAAAAGCACAUUUUUGUUUUAAUACAUUUUUACGAUAUAUCCUUUUUUACUUUGUGGAUGUGCUAUCUAGUGUAAACCACUGCCUUCAGUCUCAUCUUUCUUCAGCUUCGCAUUUGCCUGUCAAAGAACGAGGUGGUCACUCUGCACUUGAUGACAUUUCGCAUGCAAUUGUUGCAGUAAUAUGCCCUCUAAAUUAUAAGGGGCAGGUAAAAAAAUACUCUUCUUCACUCAACAUAAAGCGAAGGACCUGAGAGCAACUGCUGUGCACCAUGUUGUCUAGACUGAGGGCAUCACUGAUGCUGCGGCCCUGUGUGAGCGCCUGCCGCUGGACACACACCAAAGAGAAGGGCAAGCCUCUCAUGUUGAACCCUCGCACCAACAAGGGCAUGGCCUUCUCACUGCAGGAGAGGCAGAUCCUGGGUCUCCAGGGUCUUCUGCCCCCCAAGAUAGAGUCCCAGGACAUCCAGGCCAUGCGCUUCCAGAGGAACCUGAAGAAGAUGACAGAGCCACUGGAGAAGUACAUUUACCUGAUGGGGAUACAGGAGAGGAAUGAGAAGCUCUUCUACCGCGUGCUGAUGGAAGACAUUGAGGAGCUGAUGCCUAUCGUUUACACUCCCACUGUGGGCCUGGCCUGUACGCAGUACGGACACAUCUUCAGGAGGCCCAAAGGCCUGUUCAUAUCCAUCUUGGAUCGAGGCCAUAUUCGCUCCAUAUUGGACAACUGGCCAGAGACCAAUGUGGCGGCAGUCGUGGUGACAGAUGGAGAGCGUAUCCUGGGCUUGGGGGACCUGGGGGUGUUUGGGAUGGGCAUCCCUGUGGGGAAACUGUGCCUGUACACCGCCUGCGCUGGUAUCAGGCCUGAGAGGUGCCUUCCUGUGGUCAUCGACGUGGGAACUGACAACGAGACCCUUCUGAAGGACCCAUUCUACAUGGGUUUGUACCAGAAGCGGGAUCGUUCCCAGCUCUACGAUGACCUGAUCGAUGAGUUUAUGGAGGCUGUGGUGGACAAGUACGGCCAGGACACCCUGAUCCAGUUUGAAGACUUUGGGAAUCACAAUGCAUUCCGCUUGAUGAGGAAAUACCGCGAGAAGUACUGCACCUUUAACGAUGACAUCCAAGGAACUGCAGCGGUUGCCCUGGCAGGGCUGUUGGCAGCUCAGAGGGCCAUUGGAAAACCCAUCACUGAACAUAGGAUUCUGUUCUGCGGAGCAGGGGAGGCUGCCCUGGGUAUCGCCAGCCUGAUUACCAUGUCGAUGGUGGAGAAGGGGUUAACCCAGGACGAAGCCAGGAAAAAGAUCUGGAUGUUUGACAAGGACGGGCUACUGGUCAAGGGCCGAUCGCAGGAGACAGAUAGCAACCAGGAGGCUUUUGUGCAUGAAAGUCCCGGAGAUGUGCAGAGCUUCUUAGAUGCAGUCAACGUCAUCCAACCAACAGCCAUUAUCGGUGUGUCCGGGGCUGGACGCCUCUUUACCCACGACGUCCUUAAAAAGAUGGGCACCAUAAAUAAACGACCAAUUAUAUUUGCCUUGAGCAACCCCACCACCAAGGCAGAGUGCACGGCUGAAGAUGCCUAUACCCUCACAGAUGGCCGAUGCCUGUUUGCCAGUGGAAGUCCGUUUGGCACGGUGACUCUGGCUGAUGGACGUGUUUUCACACCUGGACAAGGGAACAAUGCUUACAUAUUCCCAGGUGUAGCCCUGGCUGUGAUCCUCAGUGGCGUGAGACACAUCAGUGACACGGUCUUCCUGGAGGCUGCCAAGACCCUGGCAGACCAGUUGACUGAUGAGGAGCUGGCGGAGGGGAGGCUGUACCCACCACUGUCCAACAUCCGAGAGGUCUCUCUCCAGAUGGCAGUCAAGGUGGUCCGGUUUGUGUACGCCAACAACAUGGCCUUCCGGUACCCAGAGCCCAAGGACAAGGACACCUUUGUCAGGUCAACUGUAUGGGACAUCAACUACGACUCAUUUCUCCCUGACAUCUAUGAGUGGAAAGGGAUGAACCCAGCACCUGAUCAUUAGAGAGUUUUGGGUGUGGAAAGGGGGCAACAAAUCACGGUAGGAUAGUUGGGCGGGCAUUAAAGAGGGAAUGGUAAAACUGGGAGGUGGGGAGGACAGUGAA